CUGCCCUGUGCCAUCCCCGGCUCGCCUGGAGCAGACUAGCGGAGCUGGGCCCCGCCACCUGGCCACACCGUAUCGGGGCGGCAGUAGCGCUGACUCUCGCUCCCUUUGCCGGGACCCCGGGGAAAGCUGUGGAGCCACUCUCCAUGGGGCAAUUGGAGCUGCAUCUGGGAACASGAGUCCUCCGUCAGGCCCUUCGCAUCCAUCUUUUGGCAGCGGGGCUCCUGGAUGUUGACUGAUACUUUUAUGUGGUGUGCAGUCUGUGACAGCUCCUGUUGUUAUGGCUGUGUACGUGGAUCAUCGAACAGAUGCUCCUGAUUCCAUUGCCUCCCCUUCCYAUAUAGCAUGGCACCCACUUCAUCCACUCCUGGCAGUUGCUUCCAUCAGCACAGCAGCUGGGGGCUGUGUGGAUAUCUACCUUGAGCAGGGAGAACAUGUGUCUGAUUCUCAUCUUGAGAGAAGCUUUGAGGUCACAUUACUUGCCUGGCACCCUUCCAGACCCAUUCUGGCAUCAGGAUGGGAGACAGGAGAAGUUCUGAUACUGAACAAACAAGAUAAGGAGCAGCACACUGUACCCUCAAAUCACMGUGCCAAAAUCAUGGUCCUGAGCUGGAGUACAAGUGGUACCUGCCUCGUAUCUGGGGAUGGGCAUGGUGUCUUGUUUCUGUGGAAAAUGGACCAUCGAGGCAGAGUGCAGGGUCCUGCCCUGAUUAAGCAAGAGUAUGGCAAAUGCUUGUGUCACUGUGUCUUUCGGCCACCCCCUCCUGGCAAGGACUUUGUACAGCUGGCAAAAGCRGCUGUGAGUGGUGAUGAGAAAGCCUUGGAUAUGUUUAACUGGAGGAAAGCCGGAAUGGGACCACCUCUGAACAUGGCAGUCCAGGAAGGACUCUCCUUCUUUAUCACUUUGACAGAUGGUUCUGUACACUAUGUGAAUGAGAAAGGRAAGACAAGGCAGGUAUUGUCCACAGACAGCCUGAUCCGAAAGCUCCUGUUGCUAGAGGAAAGAGAUGUUUUACUCGUAAUAACAGACAAUCUGCAGUUGUCCUUACAUGCAGUUCCUCCUGAGGGAGAGGCAGAAGAGCUCAUGAAGGUGAAGUUGAGUGGGACGACUGGUCAUUCUGCGGACAUGAUUCUAAUAGACCAUAGCCUAGUUGUUACAGCACUGGGUGAGACAGUCAUCAGGUUCUGGGAUUUGGAUCGAGAUGAGAACUAUGUGCUCUCCCUAGAUGUGCAAUUUGGCUUUGACGGGGGAGAAUGUAUUAACUGUGUGUCUUACUGCAGUGCUAAAGGUCUCUUGGCAGCUGGAACUAGCAAGGGGAGAGUGGCAAUGUGGAAGAAAGCAGCAGGAUCUGAUCAGAGCACAUGGGCUUUGGAGGGCAAGGAGAAGUGGAAGUUCCAGGCAUCUACAGAACUUGAAGGAAAUGUCACUCAGAUAAAGUGGGGCUCCCGAAAAAACCUGCUGGCAGUGAACAAUAUCAGCUCUGUGGUGAUUCUCAGUGAGGAGGCCAUGUUGGCACAUUUUCAUCAGCAGGUGGCUGUGGUACAGGUGUCUCCCAACCUCUUCAAUGUGACUAUUUUCAGCACAGGAACCACUCACAGCCUUCGUGUUGAUAUGAAUGCUAAUGGAGUCUUUGCUACUAAGGAUGCUGUAGUAUUCUGGAAUGGGAAGCAAGUGGCUGUCUUUGAGUGCACAGGAGAUACCUUCAGAAGUGCAGGCUCUUUCCUUUGUGAUUCUCCAGUUCUGUCUGCGCAUGGAGAAAAUCUGUACACAGUGGAGCCGUAUCGGAUCCAGGUCCGCACCUGGCAGGGCACAGUUAAGCAGCUGCUGGUGUUCUCCGAAGCAGAGGGGAAUCCAUGCCUUCUGGAUGUCUGUGGGAAUUUCCUGGCUGUGGGAACUGAUCUGGCUCACUUGAAAAUCUUUGAUCUCUCACGCAGAGAGGCAAAAGUGCACUGCAACAGCAAGAGUUUAUCCAAGCUGCUCCCUGGUUGUGGAGACAUUGCAUCUGUGAAGUGCAAUGCUAAUGGCAGCAAAGUCAGCAUCCUUGUCAACAAGGCAGAUGGGAACAUCGAUUCCAAGAUCUGUUUCUAUGAUGUUGAAAUGGACAAAGUUAUGCUCUUUGAUUUCAAGGCUGAAAAGGGAGAUGGUAGAGGGAACUUUUCUGUUGGACAAGGCAUUGGCAAGUCUGUAGUGGAGUAUCCAGAGUUGCAUAGUCAUAUCCCUGCUUGCCACUUCUGGGACCAGAGUGAACCAAGACUUUUUGUAUGUGAAGUARUUCCUGAAACAGGCCUCCGAUCUCCAGACCAAAAGAAAAACCAGACUGAGAGCACAGUGGAUGUUUGGAUUAUAUCAUUCUUCAGCACAGAAGAGUAUGGCCUUUUGCUGCAGGACAGCUUUCCAUUGCCUUCAUCCUAUCAGGUUCUUCUGGGCAUAGAGGUGCCACAUUAUUACUUCGCAAAAAAGCUGGGAGAAGCUGAGAAGGGAGCAUCAGACUCUGGCUCAGGAACAGUCUCUCAGAUGGUUGCAAGGAGACCCAUGAGAGAUUUCAUUGGAGUGGGAGACUGUGAUAAGACCACCCAGGACGCCAUGCUGAACUUCAGCUACUAUCUGACUGCUGGAGACAUGGAUGAGGCCUUCAAAUCCAUCAAGCUGAUAAAAAGUGAGGCGGUCUGGGAGAACAUGGCUCGCAUGUGYGUGAAGACUCAGAGACUAGAUGUUGCCAGAAUUUGCCUGGGGCACAUGGGUCAUGCAAGAGGAGCCAAGGCACUGCGGGAGGCUGAACAAGAGCCAGAGCAGGAGGCCAGGGUGGCUAUGCUGGCCAUCCAGCUGGGCAUGCUGGAGGAUGCAGAGCGGCUWUACAAGGCUUCCAAACGGUAUGACCUCCUGAACAAGUUAUACCAGGCCUCCAACCAGUGGCAGAAAGCCAUUGAAACRGCCGAGGCUCACGACCGCGUUCACCUGCGCAGCACCUACUACAACUACGCCAAGYACCUGGAGGCAACUGGGCAGCAGAGCCUGGCACUCACCCAGUAUGAGAAGUCAGACACACACAGGUUCGAGGUACCUCGAAUGCUCUCUGAAGACUUACAAGCCCUGGAGAAUUAUGUCAACAAAAUGAAAGACAAGAGCCUGUGGAAGUGGUGGGCACAGUACUUGGAGAGCCAGUCAGACAUGGAAUCUGCACUAAAAUACUACACACUGGCUGAGGAUUAUUUUUCCCUAGUCCGUGUCCAUUGCUUUCAAGGCAAUAUUCAGAAGGCAUCUGAAAUAGCAAAUGAAACGGGGAAUGGGGCAGCCUCCUAUCACCUGGCGCGCCAAUACGAGAGCCAGGACGACAUCAAGCAGGCCGUGCACUUCUACAGCCGAGCCCAGGCAUUCAACAACGCCAUCCGCCUGUGCAAGGUGAAUAAUUUAGAUGAUCAGCUGAUGAACCUGGCUCUCCUGAGCUCACCAGAAGACAUGAUAGAGGCAGCCUGCUACUAUGAGGAAAAGGGGGAUCAAAUGGACAGAGCUGUUAUGUUAUAYCACAAGGCAGGACACUUCUCCAAGGCYCUGGAGCUGGCCUUUGCCACACAGCAGUUUGGGGCCCUACAGCUCAUUGCUGAGGAUCUGGAUGAGAAGUCUGAUCCGGCCCUGCUCGCCCGCUGCUCUGGGUUCUUCAUCAAACAUGCUCAGUAUGAGAAGGCAAUGAAGCUGCUGCUUACGGCCAAGAAGUACCAUGAAGCUCUGCAACUCUGCCUGGAGAAGAACCUGAUCAUCACCGAGGAGCUGGCCGAGCAGAUGACAGUCUCCAAGGAGUCCCAGGAUCUCUCUGAGGAGUCUCGGAGGGAGCUGCUGGAGCAAAUUGCUGACUGCUGUAUGAGACAAGGCAACUACCACAUGGCGACCAAGAAAUACACACAAGCAGGAAACAAGUUAAAGGCUAUGAGGGCAUUGCUGAAGUCUGGAGAUACUGAGAAAAUUAUCUUCUUUGCGAGUGUUUGCAGACAGAGAGAGAUUUAUAUAAUGGCAGCCAACUACCUGCAGUCACUGGAUUGGUGUAAGGAUCCAAAGAUUAUUGCAAAUAUCAUCAACUUCUACACCAAAGGAGGGGCCCUKGACCGCCUGGCCGGUUUCUAUGAUGCAUGUGCUCAGGUAGAAAUUGAUGAGUAUCAGAACUAUGAAAAAGCCCACAGAGCACUGACAGAAGCAUACAAGUGCCUUUCCAAAGCAAAGGCCAGAAGCCCUGUGGAACAGGAAAGCAAACUUGGCCACCUGCAGAGCAGGAUGAGUCUGAUGAAGCGGUUCAUCCAUGCUCAGAGACUUUACCCUGAAGACACUGAAGAAGCAGUCAGGCAGUGUGAACUGCUCCUGGCUGAACAAAACUUUGAUGAUGCGCUCCGGCAUGGCGAUGUCCUGGGAUUUUUGGUUCAGCAUUAUGCACAAGUGGAGGAAUUCCAUACAGCUUAUCGCUACCUGGAAGAGAUGCAGAAAAGAAUUCCAGCCUCAAACAUGAGCUACUACGUGUGCCCACAGACUCUGGAGGCCGUGCACCAAGGUGCUGGCAUUCCCAUGAGCCGAGCCCUGGCCCCAGSGCACACUGGCCACAGCAGCACGGACAACAGGGAGGAGGAAGAAGUGGCUGAUGAAGUGGAGGACCCCUGACAAUGAAUACUUAUCAAAUGCAAAGCGGACUUUAAUGCCAGCUCAUUUAUUCUGUCCUCAUGAGGGGGUCCAGACCAGUCAUAUGAUAUUGUCACACAGUCUUUUAUUACCAAGAAAUUUAUUUUUCCUGCUUGGCUGCACAAGUGACAGUAUUUGAGUUAAAACAUUCUCUCAAGCACAGCAUACAGAUUCAUAUGUAAGUCCUGUUAGAAAUCUGAUUUUAGUAUUUUAAUAAAUUUUMGGCAGAAAAAAAUCAGUAAGAACUGCAUAUUGUAACUUCACUUUCUUCUCAGUACAGAGAAGAGCUGAAUAACUGAGGUGGAAACUGUGAGUUGCCUUUCAAGUACAACUUUGAUCUGCUAAGGUGCAGAUUCCUUAGAAUCUGACCUUCUGAAAACAAUCUCCAUCCUAUUUAGGUAGAAACUUGGUUAAAAGUCAAACUACCCCCUCCUUACAGGCUGAAGGCAGACCUUCCCCAACACAAGCUUCUGUGUUCAAAUACAUCAGAGAGAUCAUGUGGUGUAGAGCAACCCUUACAGACAUCUGGGCUCUAAACCUGAGAGUCACAGAAUGCCUGGCUUGGAAGGGACCCUGUAUGCCUCCUGUAUGCCCCCUGGUCCAACCCCUGCUCAAGCUGGCUCACUCUGAACAAGUGAAGCUUCUUUCUGGAGAAGGAGCUUCACAUUAAAACACCAGUUACAUCAAGCCACUCUGUAYUAGCCAGAUUUUUGGAAGCAAAUUCAUUCGCUGGGACAAGCAGGACUCAAAGAAGUGAAGCUUAAUGUUAACAACCAAGGUUCUGCUCACCUUUCUGCCUGUCCAAUUUCUUACCAACYAGCCCUUAUACUUAAAAUUAUUUUUCUUUUUCAUGUUUUGUGACUUGCUUCAAAACUUGGGGUGAACUUGAGGUUUCUGAAUUGUUUUCAGGAAAGAAGAGUUCGGAGAUUUUAAGGUCAAAAUCUAAAGAUUAUUUAUUCUUUAAUAGAAACUUACUUCUGUACUAGGAUUACACAAAAAGAAUUCCCUGCUUUAUUACUUACUAACCACAGCCCAGCUCUAGCUCAGACCUUUAAGGUUUGACACAUUAUCAGCUCUUCAGCAUAGCUAUCCAGUGUUGGCAUCCCAUCAGCAGUGCAUUUCCUGCACCAUGCCACCUCUUCCAGCAGCAGACCAACAGCUGCUCCCCCCAACUCCAGCUGYUCAGGAACAUGGGAGCCUUUGUAAGGGGUGGGUUACAGUGGCAAGUGGCACUCCCCAACCCUCCUGUUUUUCUGACAAGAAGGGUCUGUGAGAUCUUCUCUGUAUUUUUAGCCAAGCACUCAGGCCUGCCAAG